AUGGGCUGUUGCCAAUUUCACAGAUUCGAAAGAGCUGAGCUUGUGCUGAUUCCAGCAAAUACUGAAAGUAUGAAAGUUAUAGAAGACGAAUUUGACGAUAUUAGUCUGAAUUCCCAUCAAGAUUCUCAAGUAUUUGAGCCUAUAACAGAGGAUAAAACACAAUUUCAUAUAAGGUCUAUUUCAAGCGUCAGCACUAGAUCUCUAGGUUCUUCUCUUUAUAGAAAUGAGUUUGAACUAGCGUUUCUAGUGUCACCUAGCUCUAUAAGAGCGAGCUUAAAUGAUAGCAUGUUUUUUAAUCAAAUGAUUGAAGCAAAUAAAAAAUCACUCCAAGACUAA